AUGGCUUCCGAAGUGACACAAACAACGGUUCCAAAUCAUGACCAUGGGAUUGGGAUCCAAACGAAGCAACAAUUCUUAGUCGAGAGUGAGAUAGUCUUAGAAGAACUGAUAAUUAAAUAUCGCAAAAUAGAAAUGGAGAAAAUGCGUCAAAAAGUUUCAUUUCUUGAAAUCAUCCCCAUUUAUAAACAAAUGAACGCCGAAUUGGAAAGUUUGAUUCAACAUUUUAAAGAACGGAGAAACACUUUAACUUUUCAACAACUGAACUCGGGAACUCCUGAAGAAAAUACCUCAAGAUCCCCUCUUCCAAAUAUCUUCUCAGAAAAGGAAACUAUCUUCCCUUUACAAACAAUUCAAACACCAAUUAAUAGCUCAUUACCAACUUCAGACGAUAUAACUCCUCUUAAAAACGUUUCCACGACAAAUACUACAGCAGCUAAAUUACCGACUUUACUCUUCUCUCCUUUACAAAAUAAAAAUACAAUAAAACUCCCAAAAGCUCCCGUCACAGCUAUUCAACAAAUUCAAGCGACGAAACAUAAUGGGUCCAGACAUAGAAGUCACAAAAAGGAUAAGAACUGUUCAAAUCAAUUGAGUGACGACGAGACUGAAAUUAACUCGGACCCAGAUACAGAAACUUUAGUGAGUUCCUGCUCAGACACGGUCGAGGAGUUAGUCGAGAAAAAGAAGAAAGACAAAGUCGACAAAAUGGACAAAGAUGAGAAGAAGAAAGACAAAGAGAAGAAACCACGCAAACGCAUAACAAUGCCAAAAAAAGGAGAGAAGAAGAAAGAAAAGAAGAAAGAGACUAAAGAAGAUAAAAAAGACGAUGAAAAAGCCGACAAAGAGAACAUCGAAAAAGACAAGAAGAGUGAUUGGUUACAACCACUCUCCACACUCAACCAGAUGAAAAAAGAGGGCGACUUAGUGAUAGUCCCACUCAAUAUAAAGAAAGAUGAACUCCCUCAAGAAACAGUCAAUAACAAACAAGACGAGAAAGUGUAUCAUAACAUGGAGGAGUUAUUUGGAAAUGAAAAUAAGGGGAAUGACCAGAUGAGUGAGGAUGAACUAAGUAUGAAUCACAUGGAUUGA